AUGUCAACAUCCAUAACCACUGGCUCUGACAGGAAGAAGCGGAUAUGGAAGAGAUUGAAGCAAAAAUGGAAGCCCUGGAAGCAUACUAAGGAUGCGCAAUCGGGAACCAGCUUGAAGCAUGUCCAAGCUGAGGGGGCCACUGGGUGUAACAUCUCAAAACUGGGCGUUACGCGAGCCUGGGCGCCAAGUGAUAAAAUACGUAAAUCACACAGUGAUUAUUAUGUAGGGUCAGCGGCCUUGGAUGAAUUUGCGCGUGACAGUAGGCGUAGGGUUAAUAAUGGCUUCCUAUCUAUUAAAAAAGGCUUUAUGGCUCAGUCCCUUGAAGUCAAAGUACGCCUCAUAUUUUCCGGUACGGUGGGUUUCCCGGCACGUAGAGAGGAGACGUUACCAGCUGGGGUGGCGAUCUUGGUUGACGAUGACUUCCUACCAUUACGAAAAGGCGGCGAUGCGCACGUAUGCACAGAAUUAGAUUUGUUUGAAGUUGCAAUACCCCUUAUAUUUCUCGGCGCGGGGUGUUUCUCGACCUGCACAGAAAACUACAUUGUUUCUUUUUCUUCUCUUCGUUUUUGUGCAAGCCGUGCACAGAAAUUCCAGCUAUUGGUUGAGAUUCUAAUUGUAACUAGCUUUUUGCAAGUCACAAUAUUAAACAUAGGCCUAAUACUUGUCACGGUUAACUGGGACAUGGCUCGGGUUCCCCCCGGAAAGCCUUCGUCCUGGCCUUGGGCACAUGACAUCCCGUCACGUGCCCCAGAUUCGCCUAUCAAUACUAUCCUAUGCCCCCUUCUAUACUGCAUAGUUCCUGCACACACCUUAUUGUUACAGUUUAACUUUUCAGUGAUAACUCUUGGUUCUAUAGCUGUUGCGGACGAUUACCGCCGUAGCCGUGCGUCUGUGCGGUUGUGGGGCGCCUUUUGCCAAGCACUCUGGGGCACCAUAAAGUCUGACUCCGGGAGCAGGACUGGGCUUCUAAAGGGCCAGCGCUCGGUUCGGCCAAUUCUGUGUCCAUCAGCCAAGCACGAGGCUGAGGUCAAGCCGCACUCUCUCCACCCCGCCCCACCUGAAAGAUGCUCUCCUCUGGUUCAUCACUCCGUGGCGCUCGCACGCGGCGAACACCACACACUGCGGGCGGUACACACAUGGCAGCGAUACAUCGCCAUGGCUUCACAAGGCUACCAGGCGGAGACACGUGCGCUGACCAUGCGCUUGCUAAGUCUCCUCAGUAUAAUAUUCGUCCACGGCCUUCGCGGCCAUCCUCGAGGGACAUGGGAAGCCACGCCGGUCGCAACCAGCCAGCCCAGUAGUGAUGCGACCAAGAAACGCAGAGGCGUCAGGUCGUGGUUCCAGCAACGAGCGGCCGCGUACCCCUCAAGCGCGGAACAUGCGAAUGCCUCGUCGUCCAGCGUCUUCUGGCCAGAACAGUACCUUGCGUCAGAUAUCCCCCAAGCCAGAGUCUGGACAUACGGGUACAACGCAGAUGUUAUUGGCGGCUUCUUCCAGGCAAAUAACAAGAAUAGUAUUUCCCAGCAUGGCCGGGAUCUGUCAGUCAGACUGGAAAGGGAGAUCGACAACAGUGUAUGUCUCGGGGGUAUCAUCGUCAAAGACAAAAUCCGCGAACAGACGAGGCUGAUCAUCUUCCUCGGGACGCCGCAUCGCGGGAGCGUAUAUGCCGGCUGGGGUCAGAUCGUGUCGAAUUUGGCACGUUUCGCCUUCCAAGACUCGAACAAGAAGAUGCUUGAGGCGUUGGAGGUGAACAGUGAGGUGCUCGACAAUAUCCAUGAGGAGUUCAAGACGAUUAUGUUCAAGGGCGGGAUCAAGAUUCAUUCAUUUCAGGAAGCACGAGGAAUUUUCGGUAUGAAAGGGCUGGGUGAAAAGGCACGUUAUUCACGAACAUUGCAAGUGCAGGUUGUGGACGACUUCUCGUCCAAGCUCGAUCUUCCUCGGUCGUUGGAGACAGUGGAAAGCAUCGAUGCAAAUCACAUGCAGAUGGCUAGAUACAACAGCAAAGACGAUCAGGGAUACCGUGCCGUAUGUGGUGUUCUCAGGAGCUUUAUCCUACAGGAGCUGGAGAGUAAACAAAUAGCACCCGCUGCUUACUAUGGACCUCUAGCACCUCUAAGCGGGCCUUCAGGGCGACAUGAGCCCCUUGGUGGUUUACCCAACGCCGCGAACGCAACCUUCAACUCGUUUGCAAAGCAGCACGAACUCACUUGCCUGGCCGGCACGCGCAUCGACCUCUUGCGUGAGAUCUAUAGCUGGGCUGACGGACGAGACGGGCGGCACAUCUUCUGGCUGAGCGGCCUAGCGGGCACGGGAAAGUCGACGAUCUCGCGGACGGUGGCUCGCAACUACCACACCCCUCAGCGUCUCGGCGCCAGCUUCUUCUUCUCGCGAGGCGAUGGCGACGUUGGGCAUGCUGGCGCAUUCGUUACGAGCAUCGCGGUCCAGCUUGCACACAACGUCCCAGCAUCUCGCCAGCAUAUCAGUAGUGCCGUAGCAGAGCGCAGCGACAUUGGCAGUCAGUCUCUGCGCGACCAGUGGCAUCAUCUCGUCCUCGGUCCACUGUCGAAGCUGGAAGGGCCGUUGUCAUACAUAUUAAUUGUUGAUGCGCUCGACGAGUGCGACGAUGAAAAUAAUAUCCGACUCAUCGUCCAGCUCCUGGCCGAAGCUCGCUCGCUAGAGAGUGUGCGGUUGCGGGUGUUCCUGACAAGCAGGCCUGAGGUGCCGAUUCGGCACGGCUUCAGUCAGGUACCACAUGCGGAGCACAAAGACUUUGUGCUGCACAACAUAUUGUCGUCGAUUGUUGAUAACGACAUAAGCCUUUUUCUGCAGCACUACCUUCGCAUCGUUGCACAAGAGCGUAGGUUGGGUGCUGAUUGGCCAGGCCUAGAUACCAUUGAACAGCUGGUCCGGCGUGCAUCUGGCCUGUUCAUCUGGGCCGCAACUGCCUGGCGAUUCAUCCGUGAUGGGAAGCGAUUCGCCAUCAAGAGACUCGAGACGAUCCUUGCAAGCGACAGUAGCACUGCCGCAGCUCCAGAGAAGCACCUCAACGAGAUCUAUGUCACUGUGCUCAAGAACUCGAUUGACCCAAACUACACAGACGAAGAGAGCGAAGAGCAGAGUAGCAUGCUGAGGUCUACUCUUGGAAGUAUAGUGACCUUGUUCUCCCCUCUUUCUGUUAGUUCUUUAAGCAAGUUACUCCAUGUCCCGAACCAGGAUGUCGAUCAGACGCUAGAGGAUCUACAUGCCAUCCUAGAUAUCCCGAAGGAUCCAACAUGCCCGCUCCGCCUCCAUCAUCCAUCAUUUCGCGACUUUCUCCUGGAUAGAGACAGAUGCGGCGACGCCAGCUUCUGGGUAGACGAGAAACUGGCGCAUCGGACUUUGGCAGAUAACUGCAUCCAGCUUAUGGCCACUUCUCUCAAGCAAGACAUCUGUGGCGUGGAUGCUCCCGGCAUGCUUGUAGUCGACAUGGAGAGAAGCCAAGUCGAGCGAAGCCUUCCUCCCGAGCUGCAGUAUGCAUGCUUGUACUGGGUCCAGCACGUUCAGAAGAGCGGCACGCAGCCUGGCGACAAUGACCAAGUGCACCAGUUUUUGCAGAACCACCUCCUUCACUGGCUCGAGGCCCUUGGGUGGAUGGGGAAAAUAUCCGAAGGAGUUCACGCUGUCGCCUCUUUAGACUCGUUUGUCUCUGUUAGUAUACCACCAGCAAAGAAAACGGGGUUUCGUUUGAUCCACGAUGCGAAGCGGUUCGCCCUCUACAACCGGGCAGCGAUUGAACAGGCGCCUCUUCAGACGUAUAGCGGGCUCGUAUUCGCACCAACGAAGAGCAUAGUAAGGGAGACGUUUAAAGGCUGCAUACCCCAAUGGAUUCGAAGGCUGCCAAGGGUCGAGGAAAAGUGGGACGCAGUGCUGCAGACGCUCGAGGGCCACAACGACGGGGUCAACGCGGUAGCCUUCUCGCCAGACAGCAAGACGCUAGCGUCGGCAUCGGACGACAAGACGGUCAAGCUGUGGGAUGUCCAGUCGGGCGCGGUGCUACAGACGCUCAAGGGACAUGACGACUGGGUCAAGGCGGCGGUAUUCUCGCCGGACGGCGAGACGCUGGUCUCGGCAUCGCACGACACGACGGUCAAGUUGUGGGAUGCUGGGUCGGGCGCGGCGCUACAGACGCUUGAGGGCCAUAAGGGCGAGCUCAGGGCGGUGGCGUUCUCCCCGGAUGCCAAGUCGCUGGCGUCGGCAUCGGAGGACAAGACGGUCAAGAUGUGGGAUGUUGGGUCGGGCGCGGUGCUGCAGACGCUCGAGGGCCAUGAGGGUGAGGUCAGAGCGGUGGCCUUCUCACCAGACGGCAAGACGCUGGCCUCGGCAUCAUACGACAAGACAGUCAAGCUGUGGGAUGCUGGGUCGGGCGCGGUGGUGCAGACGCUCGAGGGCCACAACGACGGGGUCAACGCGGUGGCAUUCUCGCCGGACGGCAAGACGCUGGCAUCGGCAUCGGACGACAAAACGGUCAGGGUAUGGGAUGCUGGGUCGGGUGUGGUGCUGCAGACGCUCGAGAGCCACAACGACGGGGUCAACGCGGUGGCAUUCUCGCCGGACGGCAAGACGUUGGCAUCGGCAUCGGACGACAAGACGGUCAAGCUGUGGGAUGCUGGGUCGGGCGCAGUGCUACAGACGCUCAAAGGCCAUGAGGACUGGGUCAACGCGGUGGCCUUCUCGUCAGACGGCAAGACGCUAGCGUCGGCAUCGGACGACAAGACGGUCAAGGUGUCGGACGCAGGUACGGGCGCGGCGGUGCAGACGCUCGAGGGCCAUGAGGACUACGUCAACACGGUGGCCUUCUCGCCGGACGGCAAAACGCUAGCAUCGGCAUCGGACGACAAGACGGUCAAGCUGUGGGAUGUUGGGUCGGCUGCGGUGCUACAGACGCUUGAAGGCCAUGGGGAUUUGGUCAGAGCGGUGGCCUUUUCACCAGACGGCAUGACGCUGGCGUCGGCAUCGCACGACUGGAUGAUCAAGCUGUGGGAUACCGGGUCGGGGGCGGUGCUCCAGACACUCAAGGGCCAUGAGGACUGGGUCAAUGCGGUGGCCUUUUCGCCGGAUGGCAAGACGCUGGCGUCGGCAUCGCACGACAAGACGGUCAAGCUGUGGGACGCCAGUCCAGGCACUGUGAUACAGACACUCGAGGGCCAUGAGGGCGGGGUCACAGCGGUGGCCUUCUCGCCGGACGGCAAGACGCUGGCAUCGGCAUCGGACGACAAGACGGUCAAGCUAUGGGGUGCUAGUUCGGGCGCGGUGCUACAGACGCUUGAGGGCCAUGAGGGCGAGGUCACGGCCAUGGCCUUCUCACCAGACGGCAAGACGCUGGCGUCGGCAUCGUACGACUGGACAGUCAAGCUGUGGGAUGCUGAGUCGGGUGUGGUGCUGCAGACACUUCGUAUUAGCUAUCUCGUCUACAAACUGUCUUUCUCCAAGGACGGUGCCUUUCUCCAGACGGACUUGGGGCCUUUGCCUAUUUCAGCAGAGACUCUUGCUGAUGGUGUACCUGCCAACAGUUCACAUCUUCCUGCUUCUAUUCAUGUCCAGGGUCAAUGGGUCUACUGCUGUACCGAGCGCAUCUUUUGGCUUCCUCCCGAGCAUCGGCCAUAUUGUGUAGCUGAUCAUAGGGGUGUUAGUUAUAAUGAUGGAAUUUACAUUAUGAUAUUCGGUUUCACUUUGCCUUGCCUCCUCCUCGCCCGCCUCUAUUACAAAUUGCCGAGUUUUGUACGCUACACCUAUAACGGUGGCAACCCAUGA